GAGUUUUUAAAAUGGAUGUCAAUAGUGUACAGUGUACAGUGCAUAUACAUAUAUGAAGAAAGAAGAAGCAGUGGCCAGUAUGAGUAAUGUACUUGGACACACAUAUAUACACACAUAAAAUCAAUUGUAGUGGAAAAAAAAAACACUAAACAGAAAACAGAAAGAAGAGAAGAGAGAAGAGAAAAAAAAAACAUUCCGAACGAUUUAAAAUAAAAUCAAAUUGAUUUUUAUUUUUGUCUUUUACAAUAAAAGCAAUCGUUUGCCUAUCCUUGAUUGUGAUUAAUUUUUCUAAAUACAAUUUCAUUUGAUUUGAAAUUGGUGCUCGUUUCCAUUUUUUGUAAAUUUAUUCUCAAAGUGAUAAAAAAAAACGAUCUCAUGGAUAAACAGCAGAAAAAUGUUUACCCAAAUCAACAAUCAGUCAACUAUAACAUGAUGAACCCAUUGCACUUGCCCACAGCACCGCAACAUCAUCCACAUGCUGCUCAGCCACAGCAUUUUUAUCAGAUUCCUCCGGUGCAACAGCCAUUGUACUAUGCAGCAUCAGCACAAAGCUAUCAACCGCAUCCAGUUGCACCUCAGCAUUUUAUGAUGCCACCACCACCGUAUUCGAGCAUAGCACCAACCAGCACAGCUCCAUCGUACUUAUUGUUACAACAACCAAAUGAUUCGACCGCUGGAAUGCGUCCACCACCCAUGUUUCAUAAUGUGGCUGCUGCUCCACCAGGAUAUUCAGUGCCAAUGGCACCUCAAACAGCAAUCUUUGAUGCUGGCGCACGCUUCAAUGGGAAAUCACCAGUAAUUCCACCACCACCACCUGGAUAUUUACCAAAUGCAGCUCAGGUUGCAGCAAUGUCCGGUCAACAGGUCAUUGUGGAGAAGAAGAAAAAUAACUUUUUCACUGGCGGGAAGGGGGCUGGCUAUACCUUUUGGUAGUAGUAGUCAAGUAUGCCGAGCGAAACGUAAUUCAUCGCCAGUUCAAUACACACCAAAAAUAUUAUGAAACAAAAGAAGAAGAAGAAGAAGGAAAAAAACAAUUAAUUUAAUAAUGAAUGAGUAGCAUUAAUUUCGAGUUUUUUUUAGAUGAGCGAGAUGAUUUUGUGCGAACGUCAUCAUAAAAAAGGAAAGAAUAAAAAAAAGUAAAAAAAAAAUAAAUAACGAAUUGCAAUUUAAUAAUAAAGAAAAACAAAAUCGUAUGUUGAAAAACAAAGAACUAGACGAAAAAAAAUCUGUAUAUUUAAUCGAUUAAUAAAAAUUUCAAUUGACAAAAUUAUUGAAACGA